AUGGCCAACGACGACGGCCUGUGGGACUACCAGGACGGACUCACACGAAACGUCUCCAGGAACAUGCUGCAGCGAAUACGGUGGCAAGCGCUCCGGCGAUUCGCGUCGUGUCCAUCUUGUCACGGGCUCGGCCCGUUCACCACUGUGGUGAAGGGGGAGAAAAAGAGCAGGAAGCUGGCGGCCUUCAAGGACCGGGCACAGGUCGAGGCCCGCCAGGCGCUACGCCGUUGGAGGUGCCAGGCUUCAACCCUAUUGAAGCUCCUAGAUCAUUCCGGGUCAUCGUGCAUUCAUAACCUGACCCUCACCCAAGCCCUUAACUUUCUCCUGGCGCAGAACGACUUCAUGAUGGAGCUGUUCCUCCGCCGGCAUGGCCUUCGUCAGGACGCAGAGUUACAGCUCUACAUCUUCUUGGUCUCGCUCAAGACACACUACAAGAAGACAGCAACGGUGCAUACCUUCGCUCGCCUUAUGGACCUCCUCAACGACUACAACAGCACCAACAGUACCGUUGACGCCCACGGCUACACACAAAGCGCGCCCGGUCAUGAUCACGACUCCAAAGGGAAGAACCUCAAGGACAAGAUGGAGCACUUCAUGCGGGAAGAGGAGCUGUUGGAGCAGGAGGUACAGCCGCACAGGACCCCGCUAGGUCCCGCCUACAUUCCUGUUUUGCUAUUCACCAGGCGGAUUUUGCUCAAGAGGUCUAAGGUAGACUUGAAGGCUCUGCACCGCGAGAGGAUGCGCCAGCGCUUUAUGAGCGCCGCCUCUCGUUGGCAGAUGCAGGAGGCCGCGGCAAUCGCAUUCAAAGAAGCUGGGACAGAAGUUUCGUCAAACGAGUCCGCAGCAGUCGUUCCGAUCAACGACCUGGAGACGGCGGUGGACUGCCAACCGGACGCCUCCGCCGCUUCUGCCUCGACUCGUCUCGAUGCCAACCCCAACUCCGCGCACGGUUGUAACACGAUUGACACGACCGACCCACACGAUCCGUCGGCGAGAGAAGAAACGGCCCAGCACACGCGGGUAGCCCCAACCGCGACCGGCCAUGGCGAGUCACGCCCGCCGGUCGGUGGAUCGGGUUCGGGAGACACCGCCGCAGGCAAGAGCCACAGCAACCACUCGGGGACCGCAACACCAGCAACGACGACGAAAGCAUCGACUUCGACCGGCAUUCACAACCGCCGGGGUUCCGGUACGGCCGGGGGCCUCGCCGACCGCAACAAGAGCGUGUUCCCCACACCCGGCAAGGGCAAGCACAAGCACAAGCACAAGGCGCCCAAGCAGCCAAGCGGGAGCAGCGCGAGUCACGGCGGACAGCACGGCGGCGCGAGGAAGGACAAGGAAUCGGGCAACAAGAGAGAAUACCCGUCUGGCUUGUCCGAAGAGGGACACGACAAGGCCGUCGCCGGGGAGGGCGAGGUACCGGCUAUCGACCUCCCGAAGCACGUCCUCACCGAAGACAACUGCACUUUUUGGGUUUCGAUGGAGAUGGCCGUUCGUGUCCUGACUGUAGUCCUGCACUGGUGCCCCCCGGCUAAGAGACACGCCUACAUGAGGUCCAUCGAGAAAACCGCGGCUCUACUGACGUCGAGAGGUCAUAUCACUGGAGUCGAGGCGAGCCAUUCGUUCAUCCGCUCCGCCAUGCGCAAGACCAUCGCCGCCGUGGAGUCAAGCGAGAGCGCUUCAGGCGCUGGGAUAGGCGGGUCCGGCGUCACGGAGACGAUGGGCGGCAUCCGUGGCUACUACGAGGAGGGCUGCGGCGUAGGCGGUGUGGUCACCGGGGACGCUGCCCUGCACGACGCCCGCAUAAUCAUCGACAUGGAUCGAGUCGUUGAGCUGGUGAUGGAGGUGAUGCUGUUAAGGCAGAACUCUAUCGAGCACCGGCUGAAGGUGCUCUUCACCGACGGGGAUGAGAACGGGGACGGUGUGCUGAGCUUCGAAGAGUUCAACCGGAUUGUCCUCAGGGCCGCUCCCCACUUCAGCGAGAGGCGAACAUUGCGCAUGUUCCGGGAAGCGCAAACUGCCGGUAAAGAAGGCACUUACGCUAUCGAGAAGGACACUUUUUGCGACGUUUGCCGACAGCACGGCCUCGUACAACUGAUCGACAUCGCGCACCUAGAGAGGGCGGUUGAGGGAGGCCCUGAUGGCGCGGCGCGCUUCCACCUGCUGCAAAACGAUUUUUCGGAGAGAGUUCUACAGCAGCCUCUACAGCAGCCGCUACAACAGCCUCUGCAGCAGCCGGUAGUGUCGGCUGCAGAGUCAUUAAGUGCACCACCAUCGCCAUCAACACCUCCAUCCUUACCCGCAACGAGCGCGCUUAACGUUUCACUUGAACUUCCAUCGUUUCACAUGAAGAAGGGGGUGAGCAAAGAGUUGGGGAAAGAGAGGAAGAAGGGCAAAGCGUUGGAGGGUAGAAAAGAGGCUGCUCAAACGGAGGCGGGGGAGGUAAAAGUGGACGACGGAGAGGAGCGGGAGGAGGAUGACAACGACGAGGAGGAGGAUGAGGAAGAGGAAAAGAAGCAGGACGAGGCGGGUGUUGCGGAGUACCACGAGCGUGGCCUUGGCAGCGAAGUUUCGUGGGGCGAUGGAAACAACGAAGGUGAUGAUAGUGGUGGCAGUGGGUCUAGUGCCGAUGACGUUGAAGGUGGUCGUGGGGCCAAGGCUGAAGGGCUGAAGGGCGCAGUGGCGUUGAUAAUGAAAGGGAGCAAACCCCCCGUACGAGAGCGAAGAGGAAGGUAAACUUUGAGAUCGCAUCGCUCUUUUGUAUCCCUUCCGUAGUGCUCCCAGGAAGGGAUUCAUUGUCUUGUACUUUGUCAACACGACCAGUGGUAGCCACAGACUACUUGCGGCGGCCUGGGUUUCAAAUGGAAAGGGCUUCAGUACCGUCAUUCUGGUCGUUUUGGGACAACACCGACAGCUUUUGGCCAGACGAACUUCAGCUGCUCGUCAGGUGGUCAGUAUUUGCCCGCGUUGUCGUCAUCAUACGGUCGUUCGGCGAUGUAGGAAAUGUCUGGGGCGACGCGGAACGUGCAAGAGGAGAAAAGAUCUGUUGGGAACGCCUUCCAGGACCUCGAUAGCUCGUGUACCCUCUACGAAGCGCGUGGGGUUGCCACACUCCGCUAUCAGUUGUUGCGGUAUCCUCGAUGUCUACUGGGGACCCAUACCGUUGUCGUUUCCGGCUCUACCUCAGGCCUGUCCUGGUCUCAACUCAAUGCGGUAGC